AAUAAUUACUUUCCAUAAGAUCACAACUAAAUAUCCCGCCACCCUAGUGAAACACUGUGAUAUAUUCUCGUGACAUUUUCCCCUUAUUAGGAAUCUGCUCGCGAUCCCCAGUUAUUGUCUUGCUCUCCCAUUUAUGUUUAAAAAAAUUCAAUUCGUGAUCUUCGUCAUAUGCUAGUUGGGUCGUGAAAACGCUUUAGCCCACCAACAUGAAUAUAUUAAUCAUUUAGUAAUUUGUUUUCUUCUUCUUCAAAUCUUUCGUCACCAUAUUAACUCUGAUCCAGCACCAACCUAAACACACUGCCAUUUCUGAUGAGUCAAAGUGCAUUUAAUGUCAUCUGGGUUUGAUCUGAAAAGCUACCUGAAGGGACCGUUGACUUUGGAUUCAGUGUUGCCUUAAGUGAUUGAAUCAUUGUUGUUUUUUUGGGAAUUCUGGUGUUAUGGAGUCUUAUAAGAGAUGGAUUAGGAGGAAUAAAGAUUUUGUCCGUUAUUUCGAUUCUCUUGUCAAUCUCUUAUGAGUAUGAAUCACAAUUUAGUGAAAAACGGAGAGAGAGGAAUGGCCGUACAAGCACAGAACAAUCUUCCCAGUGUGCUUGCAAUGCCCGCUUCAUCUUUUUUUUCCCUUGUUACUCUAAGGAGUUCCUUGUUUGCUCAAGGCAGACAUUUGCCAACGAUAUUGUCCUCAUGCCACUACUUUUGCAUUCAAACUUGGAUGGAAGAAUUUGACGUGGUUCCUCCCAGAUGAGUUUGCUGAAUCAGAAAUCGGGCCGGAAGCAGGUUUUGUGAAAUUUUGUAUCAUCCAUCGUAGGAAUGAUUACUACUAUGAAUGAAUACAUAAUAGAGACAAGUCCAACCGAUGUGCAUGCGAGAUGUACAGAGUCUUCUUUUAUUCCUUUAUCAUUGUGCCUUACUUUGCUGAAAGACUUGGAGACAACGAUUGAGGUUGUGGCUGAGCAACUUUAUGGUGAAAAGAACAAAUGGAAUCUGAUUGCCAUCACUGAGGCUGUCAAGGCUUGUAUUAGGCUGGUUAUCUUCAGGAAGUCUGGGUACAAAAUGCUUUUGCAAGGAGGGGAGACUGAAAUUGCAGAAAAUGAUUCUGAUUCUUUAAGUCCCCAAGAAACGAAGAGGAGGCUUGAUAAGCCUAGGGGGAAUGGAGAGUAUGGUAUCUCAAACGGUCAGAACCCUGGGAAUCUUCAAGGCAGGGCAAUAUCCGCUUUGAGCAGUUUUGGCAAGAAUGCUAUAAUGCAGCACCCUCAGGCAAUAAUGGAACCUCAAAGUAAACUAGUUGAGAAGCCUAGUCUACGGACUUUCUUAUCUGAGAAAGGUAUUCCUGGAGGAUUCUAUGUGGCGGGGGAGAUUUUGUUCAUCAUAAGGCCUUUUAUUUAUGUACUAUUGAUGAGGAAAUAUGGGAAGCGGUCGUGGUUUCCCUGGUGCACGUCACUGGCUGUGGACCUAAUUGGAAAUAGCAUUCUCUCAGUUACAUUGAUGUCUCAACAUAGCGAGAAGAACCAGCAGCUUCAAUUUUCUGGAUCUGAGAAAGACGAGUUAAAAAGGCGAAGAAUGUUAUGGGCGUUGUACCUAAUGCGAGAUCCACUUUUUACCAAGCAUACCAGGAAAAGACUUGAAAGCACUCAAAGGCUAGUGCAACCUGUUCCCAUUGUUGGAUUUGUUGCAGAGAAAUUAAUUGAAAUUCUUAUUGGAGUCCAGACGCGUUACACAUACAUAUCUGGUUCAUAACAGGAAGCUAUCAGGAGAUUCUUGUUUUAUUUGCAGCCUCUACAUUAAUAUUUGCAAUUUCCUUUUCUUGGGGAUUUGGUAUUGAGGCGUAGUUGAUUGAUUUUCUUUACUUGGGGGAGGUUUUGGAGGACUUCUACUAUACAUCUGCGUUGUCUUGGUGGGCUUCAGUCUCUUUCUUUCCCCACCCCACCCCACCUGACUCAAUGUAUGUUCCAAAAUAUUUCAAGUAUAUUAAACGUUUAUCAAAAGUUAUUAGAGAAAUCAAUGAUUCAACUACUGAAUCUAUGCCUUGAAU